CUCAGGUCCUGUAUGGACGCAAUGUGAAGUAUGCUCCCCACAUGCCAUACAUUCACGGCCUCUCUCUGUCCAGAGGGUCAGCUCUUCCACUCUGUAGCACCUCUUACCCAUAUGAGGCCCCGGACCACGGUGCACUUCAUAGCGACCUGUCGAUUAACACCUGCUGAUUUUUACCUGGUGGUGUAGGGAGGUCUGAGGUUUGCACUUCCUCCAUGUGUUGCAUAAAAACAUUUUAUUAGAGCUUAAGUUUAUCACUCAUCUAUUUCUUUGUUAUUGUAGUAAAACUUGUCUUAUGUCAUCCAUCUGUGUGAGGCUGUGUCUGUGCACGUUGUUUGAGGUGUUGCUGUUUAUUUACUUCUGAAGCCCACGGAGAGCUUAAAGGACUGCCAUGUGCUAGCAUCUUCUCUUGUUUUUUUUUUUCACUCUGUCCAGUUGCCCUGUCUCUCUCUCUCCAUCUCUCUGUCUUUCCCUCUCUCUCUCACUCUUUCUCUCUUGCUCUCUCUUUCUCUCUCUCUCUCUGACACACACCCAUUCAUUCCUUUUUUAUGCUGUGAUCAGCAUCCUGGGUCUGGAGUUCCUCUGAGCGAGCUGUAUAGAGAGAAGGGAGAGAAAAAGAGAGAGAGGGAGAGGGGGAGACCCGUUGUGGUGGGCCAGGGUCAGAGAAAGAGAGAGUGAGACAGAGAAAGAGAGAGAGAGAGAUAGACAGAGGGAUAGACAGAGAGAGAGAAAGAGAGGAGCGAGCUGAGGGCAGAGUAAUCAAAGGACAUCAAAGGGAGCGGAGGGAUGAAAGCGUGCUCACUCUCUGCCUGAGUUGGCUUACAGAUCCCCACUGCCAUUGUGCCCCGCUAGUGCAUGUAGGGGCCUGGAACACAGGGCGGCUCGCGGCUCUGUUGUGAUCGUCCAAAAGGGGAGGAGAGGAAGGUUCUCCUGACUCUGUGUUCCUCUUUCCGUUCUCCCUCCCUCUCUCCCUCCCUCAUCCUUUCUUCCUCUCUCGUUCUUUCUUUCUCUCACUCGGUCUCCUGGUGUUCCUCUCCUUUCGGCUCUCACCCUCUCUCUCUCUCUGUAACAUGCCGCCCACUUUCAAAGCAGACCCUUCUAUUUGACGCGGCAGAAAAAAGUUGGCCACUCACAGUGUUCCCCGACCACCCCCACCCCCACUCCUCUCCCCACCCUGACACGUAUGUUGGCAAUGUGAAUUCCUCCGUCAGCACUGUGGGGGCCUGAUGGAGGUGGAGCGGGCGGCGUCCUUUGAAAGUGUCUCCAUGCUGCUGGGAGACCUCUUCAUCACUCAGCCGCUUAGUUGGCUUGAGGAUGACUCCAAUUUGCGUCUUCUGAAGGGCCAUCAGUAUUCAUAGGCUGAUUUUGUGUGUGUGUGUGUGUGUGUGUGUGUGUGUGUGUGUGUGUGUGUGUGUGUGUGUGUGUGUUGGGGAUACUCUAGACAGUGAUCAUCAGUCACGUCCAUCACGGCUUGUCCUUGCCAUGUUUGUUGGAGUGAUGUAGGAACACUAGGAAACAGAAGGUCCUAAUAAUGACUAAGAAUAACCAUGCUUCACUCAUUCAUCUGCACCUCCUACACCACCUCAAAAGAAACUGUCUUUUUGGUGCUUCCACCUCUCCAUCUACUCUGCUUUCAGAAGCACAGUGGCAGUUUGGUUGGAGUUGAGUCAAGGAUAGAGAGUGACUUCACACCUUGAUACGUUAUGCUGCAGAUGCACCAGAACAAUUAGUGAGCCUUACUGUAGCUCAGCUCAGCUGUGGUUUGGUUUGUGUUGGACCUCAGAUAGAAGUAAAAGCUUCUGCCGGUUGAAAUGUUAAUAGAUAUCUGGAGUUCAUUGAUGUAAACUUUUUUUAUGUGUUGGUAUGUAAUAGCUUGAUUAUACCCAUGAUUAGCUCCUGAAUUCAUGCACCAAUCUUACACCCUAAAACUUUAUUAUUUAUUGUUAUGUUAAACGUUUUGUCUGGGAACAAGACAAUGCAUUGAAAUUCAUUCGGGCAGAUCCGCCUAGACACUCAACAAUUUUAUAAAUCACCAAAAAAUCCAGGAACCAAUCACAACCACUUAUCUAGUCUCCCUCGUCUACCUCUUUCCUCUCCACUUCCCUCUCUCUCCUCCUCUUCCUCCUCUUCCUCUUCUACCACUUCUCCUACCAUACCUGACUAGUACUUAAUAUGUAGGCACUCCUAUCCUCUAGUACUAGUUUUGACAGAUGCAGUGGCAACUCCUUUAUAGUUACCAAAUUGAUAGCCAAGGAGCCAGAAGUGAACACACAUGGAUGGCUAUAAAAGCUGUGCUUUCAUUAUACAACUAAACACAACAAAAUACAUUUAUAACCCUUGAACCAGCUCCUUACUACUCAAUGGUAAGAUCUCAAUGGCGAUGCAGCGUUUGUUUGAACCUCCAACAGCACGGCGUAUCUGGUUACCUCCCAAAAACGUCCACAAAUACCCUUAUGUUUCUGUGAAAGAAUGGUCUCCUCACUUUGGAUAAAAGUGUCUGCCAAGUGAAAAAUGUAAACAGUUAUUUGGUAUAGGGCAGGCUGUAUACAACAACAACUGAGCACUGCUUUUCUACAUCCCCAUUGGCUACGCUUGAGGUGUCCAUUUUAAAAGACAUGGACAUGUAUAUUUAAUACAUGAUAAAAAUAAAAAAAUUUUUCUUUGAAAUGGAAUAAGCAGCUACCUUUAAAACCUUUGUUUACUGCAAAAGAAGUGUUUUGCAGUACUUGUGUGUUUGGUGUUUAAUAUACCAACAUAAGUUUAAUUUCACCCCUGGUUACACCCCAUGAAAUCGAAAAUGAACUACUUUUUUAUUUCCUUUCCAGCCAUCCGAAAGAAUACUUUGUCAGGGUUAAUCCAAAGCUGUAUUUAUUAGAAUUGACUUUUUGCAUGUUUACAGAUGAUGAAAAUGAAGUCUCAACAAAACCAGUUAUGAAAUGAAAGUUAAAGUUUGCUGUGACCGUCCCCAUGUUUGUUUGAGUCGUUGAUGCACAUACGGCCCAGUGGAGAUCAGAUGUUCUCAAGAACUAGGGCAUCUGCACCGAGACUUAAUUAGAACAAUGACAACAAUACUAAACGCAGCAGAAAAACACAGAGGCAUCACUAAUUGAACAGGCCGAGUGUCAAGGAUCAUGGACGAGGCCUUCAGCUGUGUGUAGCACCCCUCAGAUGGCUCUGUCUCAGGGUUAUGGGGGUUCAGAAAACAUCUAGUGCUAGUCUAGACCUGCAGCUUGGUGCAUUAUUUAGAAGGAUGAAGCACGGCUCUCUCAAGUCAAUCAGGGACCUUGAACACUAAAGUGAAUGACUUCAAUGCAAAAUGAAUGUUCUUGAUCAUUCCAAGAAAUUUCAGCCGUAAACAGCUUCCUCGAAAUAUCAUUCCAGAACAGUAUCUUCAUUCGGCAAAUGGGACGUUUUGUUAUUGUUAUUAUUAUUAUUAUGUUUUUUUCCCUGAGACACGCUGCUGGAGUUCCUUAGUGUAAUACAUUUGCCCAGCCAAAAGUGAGAUGAGUUGAGAAAGAGAUAUGAAUAAACAAUAUUUUAAUGGAGGGGAUGAAAGCGUGAAAGGGAUCAAUAGGGGCGGCGAGGCUGUGAUCGCUGAGGCUGGCUUUGAAGUGGCGAUGCUCUGAGGGACAGGGAAUACAAUGCCCCCUUUCAGCUCGCCACUGAACGGCAGACGCUCUGUAUCACUCUCCCUCCCUCCCUCCCCUCUCUCUCCCUCCCUCUCUCUCUCACUCUCACUUCAUGCAUUCUCUCUCACACACAUAAACAUACACACAGUUUUGCACUUUUUUUUUCGUUUUGCACUUCUCAGCUCACUUUCUGCUUGUUUCUGACAAGCAAUGCCGUAACAGACUGCAUGUGUCAAUAUCUGUAAUUAGUAUAGUGUGGUUAGAAGUAUCUUCUCCACAAAAUCUCUCUCCCACUCACUCUCUCUGCAACAUUAAUGAAUUCAAACAACCCACCCCUCCUCCGUUUACCUCCCAGCCCCCUCCUCUCUCUCUCACUCUCUCUCUCGCUCUCUCUGUCUCUCUGUUAUUCCCCUCCCUUCACAAAACCAAACCUCUUUUUCAUUUCCAGCCUUGGCAAGUGCCACUCCAUUUGCUCUCCCUGUCUUAAUGAAUUCAGCUGUUUGUGUAUUGGCCGCGGGAGCAUCCCUCCUCCUGAGACCUCCCACUGCCCCCACCCCUCUAGGCCUGGCCUCCCCUCCCUUGUUGGGACGCUCUCUAUAUAUACCCAAUGCCGCUCAACACACCUAUUGUUCCUCUAAGUAAACUUGUAGGCAGAUGCUCUGUUUCGUAGUGUGGCAGGCUAAGUUGAGGUAACUGAGGAAGUGGGAGAUAGAUAUUCACCCGGUCAGCCACACAUAACGACAGCCCCUUCCAGGCAGACGUCUAGGAGCCUUGUGGAGAAGCUACCCUGCCGUUGGCCUUUCUCUCUCUCCAUCUCUCUCUCUAGAGAUCCGGUCAGACACGUGGAGGCUGUAUUCCUCUGUGUCUUGUCUGUGCUGUGUUUUCUGAGCCCCUCAGGCUUGUGUUUGCGCUGCGUUGCUGCGACUGCAUCCUUGUCCGCUUUCCGUGAGGUGGUCGUGGAUGCGGGAUGCUGCUGCUUCUGGGGCUGCUGCUGAUGCUGCUGGACCGCAGCUGUGCCGCGCCGGCUGCCAGAGAGGUCUACAGGAUGCCACAGAGUGCACUCAAAGCUCUGUCAGACCGCGGCACGGUGGUGCUGGAGGCAGCUCUGACGAGUGCUCUGUCUGCGCUGGAGAGGGCCAUGUCGGAGCGUAGUCGGGCUGAAGCUGGUUGCCGUGGCUGCGUACCCUGCCUCUUUCAGGACUGCGGACAGCGCUCAGGCCCUUGCUCUUCCUCCGAGUCGGAGACGGCGGCGGAGCCCAGCUGCGAGCUGGUGGCACGGGCACAGAAGCUGACCAGCGAGUCCGAACGCAGCUGGGCACUGAGCCAGGCCUGCGGCUACUACCGGCGGCGGUGCCCGCCCUCCGAGCUGGGCAAGGAGAGCUGCGUGCGCAUCAUGGGCGAGAGCUGCAGUGCCCGUGUGCUCCAGUGCAGCCUGCUCAGCACCAUGCAGAACCUGGAGCCCGCCACCCAGACCAGGACCCAGGCGGUGUGUGGGCAGCGCGUUUCCGUUGUCCAGAACCUGACGCAGCCACGCUCCCGGAUCGUGGGGGGCUCCCCGGCCUCCCCUGGCAGCUGGCCCUGGUUGGUCAACCUGCAGCUGGAUGGAGCCCUCAUGUGUGGGGGGGUGCUGGUCGACAGCUCCUGGGUGGUGACCGCUGCCCACUGCUUUGCUGGGAGUCGCAGUGAGCGCUACUGGACGGCUGUGGUGGGCGAGUUUGACAUCACAAAGUCCGACCCGGAAGAACAAGUGAUGAAGGUCAAUCGCAUCAUCACUCACCCAAAGUUCAACCCAAAGACAUUUAAUAACGACAUUGCUCUGGUGGAGCUGAGCUCGCCGGUGCUGCUGUCUGAGAGGCUGACUCCCGUCUGCCUGCCCUCCGACAUGGAGCCGCCGGUGGGCACGCCCUGCCUGGUGGCCGGCUGGGGAUCCCUCUUCGAAGAUGGUCCCUCUGCUGAUAUAGUGAUGGAGGCGAAGGUGCCUCUGCUUCCCCAGAGCACCUGUAAGACGUCGCUGGGGAAGGAGCUGGUCACCAACACCAUGUUCUGUGCCGGCUACCUCUCUGGAGGCAUCGACUCUUGCCAGGGAGACUCUGGGGGUCCCCUGAUCUACCAGGACCGGAUGUCGGGGCGGUUCCAGCUCUAUGGGAUCACCUCGUGGGGGGAUGGCUGUGGGGAGAAGGGCAAGCCGGGGGUCUACACCCGAGUCACCGCCUUCUCUGACUGGAUCCUUGCUGAGAUACAGAAGUCGUUCGGUAGCAGGGAGCCCACGUGCCCCGAGCUGCUGAAGACGUCGGAAUUGUCGGAGGAGCAGCCGAGCCCAGAGCUGCCCUCGGUGUGCCGCUACUACGCCCUCUCCUGCCCGCCCGGCCUCAGCCCACACGCCUGCAGCCAGCUGGCGCACGACAAGUGCCUGAGCCGCUUCAAAAAGUGCCAGCUCAAGUCAUUCCUGCAGACGCUGCUGGACUUGUUGCAGCGGGCAGAGGACUACAUCCGGGAUAAGGUGGACCUGACCUUCUUCACCCAGACACUGCCUCAGCUGGUGGAGCACAUCUACAGCUCCACUCUCACCAUCCGCCACCGCCGCCAGGCCCCAGCAGAACAGAUAGUUGGCACGGUUUCCCUGGCUGACCCAGGACUUCAUGCCCCGCCACUCUUUGAGACAGUCGGCCCCCUAGUGGAGGACUGGGCUAACUACCUCAGUACCAUCGCUGAUGAUCUGGAGCCAAUGGCUGAGGCGCAUGCAACCAGGAGACUGCAGAGGGAGGAGGGUCUCUUCUCACAGACGGAAGAGCCUGCUCUCCACUCGCUGGACGGGGAGUACCGUGCCAUGAUCUCACUCCUGCGCUCCAAACUGGACUCCCGGGUCAUUCCCACCAUCCCCAAGCUGGACAGACGCUUCUUCGAGGACGACACCGGCAGACGCCCGCCGCUGACCUCUCAAGAAGAGACCUCCACCUCCUCCACACCUGCCGCUAAGCAGCCCCCUCCAACCCCACCCAUCACAGGGAUCAUGGAGCAGCUAGCAGGAGGCCUGCCAUCCUUUCCAACCCCAAGCUCUCCAAUGGUGGCCUCCUCCGUGCCCAGAGAGGCCGAGUCUGGCAGCCCAGAGCAGGAGCAUGUGGAGGCCCAGGAGAACAGUGGAGGCUCAGCACUGCCCUCUUCUGGCCUGAUGCCAUCACAGCCCAGAGCAGGACAGGAAGGAUUGAGUUUGGACUUGACGCGAAGUGCCUUCACCCAGCCCCCUGCCUCUCCAACAACAGAGAGAAACCACAGAAGAAGAAGAGGUCUACACAAGAGACAAACACCAGGGACAAAUGAUAAAGCGUGCCCUGGGGUAGCUGAAACAGUCCAGCACGUCACGGUCACCAAGGAGACGUAUGGCUGGGUGCUGAGCAUCCCUUCCAAGAAUCUCAACAUGAAUUUCCAGGAGGUGCUGGUUGACCUCACCUCCAAGAAUGAGAGGGGACUGUACGAGGCUCGGGUCAGAGCCACAGUGGGUGGACGACCUUUGACCUUUUACAGUCUGGUGGGGCUAGAGAACGAGUCAUUCUACCGCAGCAUGCCACGGAUCAUCGCACUGGCCCUCGACGCUCUCAAAACGUAGAGACACAAGAGAUUACCUCGAGAGUUGAAAUGCAUUCUGUGCUUUUGGGUCUGUGUGUGUGUUUGGGGUGCAUGAGAACUUGCUGAUUCAGCACAUGGUGAGAUAUGAAAUAUCUUGAUUUGACACACACACACACACAAACAAACAAACAAACAAACACACACACACACACACACAUAAACACACACACACACACACACACUAAUUUAAAGAACCAGCUUCCUCUGUGGGGAAGCUGUUUUCAACUAGCCUUCCACAGUGAGACGACAGUCUUGGACACUCUUUGCAGCAUUGCACAGACUUGCGUUGCACUGCUUGUUCUGACGGAUGAAUGGGCUAUUUAAUGGUUUGAGAGUGUACAUUUCUUCAUUCCCUGGUUCUGACGGAUGAAUGGGCUAUUUAAUGGUUUGAGAGUGUACAUUUCUUCAUUCCCUGGUUGACGGGUAAAGCUCGGCUUGGCUUUCCAGUGCCUUUCCCGUGACCAUGUGUGCCUGAUGACCCGCGCUUCAAUGGGAAGCUGGGGAGAGACUGCGCCAGGGGUGCAUUGGGCUCAGAAUCAGCGGCUCUCAUGGACACAUCCUGGUUAUUUCUGGCACGUCGGUCACUGCAGAGGCCAGUUGGUGGUGCCGGGCCGAGGGAGGCUCCGUUGCCCUGUUCACCCGCACAGCAUCUGGCCCGUGUGUCCGAAACGGAUCGAGAUCACAGCCAGGUCAGGGUCAUUCUACAGAGCUGUUCAGGAGCUCUCCGGUCUUCUUCUGCACUCAUGGACUGUCAUGAAGUGUGAUUGUUGGGGCAGAUGUGCUGAAUGUAUGGGGACGCUGUGUCAGACUUGCUGAGUGUGUGAGGUGUGGGUCACUAGGCUGUGGCCCAGUGACAUCAUACCUUUCUUGGCUUGAUUAAAUUAUUCAGAAUGCCUGUUUUUGCAAAGGUUGAACCUCUGUGAACCAUGUGCAUUAUCCAUUUGUUGUGAAGUUUCAAAUAUAUUUAUUUGUAUAGAGAUAAAUUCUUUGUAUUUUUGUAAAA